UGCACUCUCCCCCUACAUUGUGAGCUAAGUUAAACGAUGCGAGCGCUCGCAGCCGUCGCCGCCGCCCAGUAGUUUCACAGCCCGCGGACCAAGCACGACACCGACGAAAAGAGACCGUGUGAGGGCAAUAUACGAAGACCAGAGCUUUUUUCAAACAAGUGUCAAACGUUAUCGUGGGGGAUUUUUUAAUGUUUUAGCUAGUUGCCGACAGAGCGCGAGAGAGGGAGAACGAGAGCGAGUCAGCCAGCCUAGAGAGGGAUAAGGUAUAAAGAGGGAAAAUAAUUGCUGGUAUAUUUCGGUCCUCGCCAACCGUUACUUUGGAUAUCAAGAAGAUCAGAGGUUGUGUAGCCAUGGGAUGUACACUGAGCGCCGAGGAGAGAGCGGCUUUGGACAGGAGCAAGGCUAUUGAGAAAAACCUAAAAGAAGAUGGAGUCACUGCCGCGAAAGACGUAAAACUACUCCUGCUUGGGGCUGGGGAGUCAGGAAAAAGUACCAUCGUGAAACAGAUGAAGAUUAUCCACGAGGAUGGCUUCUCUGGAGAUGAUGUGAAGCAGUACAAGCCUGUGGUCUACAGCAACACAAUCCAGUCUCUGGCUGCCAUCGUCCGUGCCAUGGACACCCUGGGCCUGGAAUAUGGAGACAAGGAGAGAAAAGCUGAUGCUAAGAUGGUGUGUGACGUGGUGAGUCGUAUGGAGGACACUGAGCCCUACUCUCCUGAGCUCCUGGGGGCUAUGACCCGCCUGUGGUCGGACUCCGGCAUCCAGGAGUGCUUCAACCGCGCCCGAGAAUACCAGCUCAAUGACUCUUCCCAAUACUACCUAGACAGUUUAGACCGGAUCGGUGCACCUGACUACCAGCCCACAGAGCAGGACAUCCUCAGAACCCGAGUCAAGACCACUGGCAUUGUAGAAACUCACUUCGUCUUCAAGAACCUGCACUUCAGGCUGUUUGAUGUGGGAGGUCAGAGGUCGGAGAGGAAGAAAUGGAUCCACUGCUUUGAGGACGUGACAGCCAUUAUCUUCUGUGUGGCACUGAGUGGGUACGACCAGGUGCUGCAUGAAGACGAGACCACGAAUCGCAUGCACGAGUCUCUUAUGCUGUUCGAUUCCAUCUGUAACAACAAAUUCUUCGUUGACACUUCCAUCAUUCUCUUCCUCAACAAGAAAGAUCUGUUUGCCGAAAAGAUCAAGAAAUCUGCCUUGAGUAUCUGUUUCCCUGAGUAUACCGGUUCUAACACCUAUGAGGAUGCAGCUGCCUACAUCCAAGCACAAUUUGAGAGCAAGAACCGCUCGCCUAAUAAGGAGAUCUACUGUCACCUGACGUGUGCCACGGAUACAGGGAACAUCCAGGUGGUGUUUGGCGCCGUCACUGACAUCAUCAUCGCCAACAACCUGCGAGGAUGUGGCUUGUACUGAGCCCUGACCGCCCCCUCGCCUCACCUCUGGAAAUGAUUCUAAUUGAAAAUGCAACUUGGUAAA